CUGGAUAGCUCCCACAAUGGAGGACGGGAAGCCCGUUUGGGCUCCACACCCAACUGAUGGGUUCCAGAUGGGGAUGAUUGUGGACAUUGGCCCUGACAACUUAACUAUUGAACCUUUGAAUCAGAAAGGCAAGACUUUCCAGGCUGCUAUCAAUCAAGUGUUUCCUGCAGAAGAGGACAGCAAAAAGGAUGUAGAAGAUAAUUGUUCCCUUAUGUAUUUAAAUGAAGCUACUCUCCUUCACAAUAUCAAAGUUCGUUACAGUAAGGACAGAAUUUAUACCUAUGUAGCCAACAUUCUUAUUGCAGUGAAUCCAUAUUUUGAUAUACCUAAGCUUUAUUGUUCAGAAACUAUUAAAAAGUACCAAGGCAGAUCACUUGGAACAUUGCCACCACAUGUUUUUGCUAUUGCUGAUAAAGCAUUCCGUGACAUGAAAGUGCUCAAGAUGAGUCAGUCCAUCAUAGUGUCUGGAGAAUCGGGAGCUGGCAAGACAGAAAACACUAAAUUUGUUUUGAGGUAUUUGACAGAAUCCUAUGGUACUGGCCAAGAUAUUGACGAUAGAAUUGUAGAAGCAAAUCCCCUGCUAGAAGCCUUUGGAAAUGCAAAGACUGUUCGCAACAACAACAGCAGUCGUUUUGGAAAAUUUGUGGAAAUUCACUUCAAUGAAAAGAACUCAGUGGUUGGAGGAUUUGUAUCACAUUACCUUCUGGAGAAAUCUAGGAUCUGUGUGCAAGGCAAAGAAGAGAGGAAUUAUCAUAUCUUUUACAGGCUUUGUGCUGGUGCUCCAGAAGACAUUAGGGAAAAACUGUAUCUAAGCUCUCCUGACAACUUCAGGUAUUUAAAUCGAGGCUGUACCAGAUACUUUGCUAACAAAGAAACAGACAAGCAGAUUUUGCAAAAUCGCAAGAGUCCUGAGUAUCUCAAGGAAGGUUCCUUGAAGGAUCCACUCUUAGAUGAUCAUGGAGAUUUUAACAGAAUGUGCACAGCAAUGAAAAAGAUUGGAUUGGAUGAUGCAGAAAAACUCGAUCUCUUUAGAGUGGUGGCUGGUGUCCUUCACCUUGGAAAUAUUGAUUUUGAAGAAGCUGGGAGCACUUCAGCAACUCCAUCUAUAGGGAAAGGCAUUAUGUCCUUUGGCUUCCAAAAAUACGAUCAUGUUAAGUAUUUUAAGAGGGUACCCUUGAAAGUGGAACAAGCAAACAAUGCUCGUGAUGCCUUAGCUAAAACAGUUUAUAGCCAUCUGUUUGACCACGUAGUGAACAGAGUAAACCAAUGUUUUCCAUUUGAGACUUCUUCUUUCUUCAUUGGAGUUCUAGAUAUAGCUGGUUUUGAAUACUUUGAACACAACAGUUUUGAACAAUUCUGUAUUAACUACUGUAAUGAAAAACUGCAACAGUUUUUUAAUGAAAGGAUUCUGAAAGAGGAACAAGAACUUUACCAAAAAGAAGGCCUGGGGGUUAAUGAAGUGCGUUAUGUAGAUAAUCAGGACUGUAUAGAUUUGAUUGAAGCAAAAUUAAUAGGAGUACUGGAUAUUUUGGAUGAAGAAAAUCGUCUUCCCCAACCAAGCGACCAGCAUUUUACUUCAGUUGUGCACCAAAAACACAAGGACCAUUUCAGACUCUCUAUUCCUAGAAAGUCUAAAUUGGCUGUUCACAGGAAUAUAAGGGAUGAUGAAGGCUUUAUCAUCCGACAUUUUGCAGGAGCAGUGUGCUACGAGACGACGCAAUUUGUGGAAAAAAACAAUGAUGCUUUGCACAUGUCCCUUGAGUCUCUUAUAUGUGAAUCCAAGGACAAGUUUGUUCGCCAGCUGUUUGAAUCUAAUACUAACAACAACAAGGAUCCCAAACAAAAAGCUGGGAAACUUAGUUUCAUCAGCGUGGGAAACAAAUUCAAGACUCAGUUAAAUUUACUUCUUGAGAAGCUUCACAGUACUGGGUCUAGCUUUAUUCGCUGUAUCAAACCCAAUUUAAAGAUGACAAAUCACCAUUUUGAAGGAGGGCAGAUCCUCUCUCAGCUUCAGUGUUCAGGAAUGGUGUCUGUUCUGGAUUUGAUGCAAGGUGGUUUCCCUUCACGAGCUUCAUUUCAUGAACUAUAUAAUAUGUACAAGAAAUAUUUGCCUGAAAAAUUGGCUCGACUGGACCCUAGGCUUUUUUGCAAAGCACUAUUUAAAGCCUUGGGACUGAAUGAAGUUGAUUACAAAUUUGGGCUGACCAAGGUGUUUUUUAGGCCCGGCAAGUUUGCAGAGUUUGAUCAGAUAAUGAAGUCUGAUCCAGAUCACUUAGCAGAGCUUGUUAAACGAGUGAAUCGUUGGCUUAUCUGCAGUCGUUGGAAAAAGGUUCAAUGGUGUUCUCUCUCAGUGAUUAAAUUGAAAAAUAAGAUCAAAUAUCGAGCCAGUGCCUGCAUUAAAAUACAGAAGACUAUUCGUAUGUGGCUUUGCAAGAGAAAGCACAAACCACGCAUUGAUGGCCUGAUAAAAGUGCGUACCCUGAAGAAGAGACUUGAUAAGUUUAAUGAGGUAGUAAGUGCUCUGAAGGAGGGGAAGGCAGAGACAAGCAAGCAAGUCAAGGAGCUGGAGCAUUCUAUUGAUGCUUCAAUGACCAAAAUUAAGACCACUUUAAUGACUAGGGAACAGAUACAGAAAGAAUAUGAUGCUCUAGUUAGAAGCUCAGAGCAACUUCUCGGUGCACUGCAAAAGAGGAAGCAGCAAGAGGAGGAAGCAGAGAGGCUACGACGCAUCCAGGAGGAAAUGGAAAAAGAAAGAAAGAGACGUGAUGAGGAAGAACAACGACGAAGAAAGGAAGAAGAGGAAAGACGUCUGAAAUCUGAGAUUGAGGCCAAGAGAAAACAGGAAGAGGAAGAGAGGAAAAAGAGGGAAGAGGAAGAAAAGCGUAUUCAGGCUGAAAUUGAGGCUCAGCUUGCUAGAGAACGAGAAGAGGAAACCCAGCACCAGGCAGUGCUUGAACAGGAACGUCGUGAUCGUGAACUUGCAAUGAGAAUUGCCCAGAGUGAAGCAGAACUCAUCAGUGAUGAGGCUCAGCUUGAUCUAGGAUUGCGCAGAGCCAAUGGAGCAAAGCUGCAAAUGACUGCGGAACAAAUGGCCACAGAAAUGUCAGAAAUAUUGUCUAGGGGUCCUGCGGUUCAAGCCACAAAAGCUGCUGCUGGAACUAAGAAGCAUGAUCUCAGUAAGUGGAAAUACGCAGAGCUUCGCGAUACAAUCAAUACCUCUUGUGAUUUGGAACUGUUGGCAGCUUGCAGAGAAGAGUUUCACAGAAGGCUAAAGGUCUAUCAUGCUUGGAAAUCCAAGAAUAAGAAACGAAAUGCGGAAACAGAACAACGUGCUCCCAAGUCAGUCACAGACUAUGAUUUUGCACCAUUUUUGAGCAACUCACCUCAACAGAAUCCAACAACCCAGCUACCAGCCAGACAACAAGAGAUUGAAAUGAACAGACAGCAGCGUUACUUCCGCAUUCCCUUCAUCCGUCCCGCAGACCAGUACAAAGAUCCCCAGAACAAGAAGAAGGGCUGGUGGUAUGCUCAUUUUGAUGGGCCAUGGAUUGCUCGACAGAUGGAACUUCAUCCUGACAAAGCACCCAUUCUUCUGGUAGCAGGGAAGGACGAUAUGGAUAUGUGUGAGCUGAAUCUGGAAGAGACUGGCUUAACGCGAAAGCGAGGGGCUGAAAUUUUGCCGAGACAGUUUGAAGAAAUUUGGGAGCGCUGUGGGGGGAUCCAGUACCUCCAAAAUGCAAUUGCAAGCAGACAGGCUCGUCCCACGUAUGCCACAGCCAUGCUGCAGAACCUGCUGAAAUAAAAGGUCACUUUGCACAGUAGUGUUGGAGAGGAGAACCCCUGCCCGUGAUACAAAGGGAAGAGUUCCUCUGUUCAGCAGAGGAUGUAAACAUUCUAUGAGCAUAUUAGAGAUAUUUAAUAUAAAGUGAACAGAUUUUAUUAAUCAUGUGGUUUGUUAAUUUGUACUUUAUGAUGUUCCAUUUGUGUGGUGAACUUCACUAGGUAUGAAGACCUUGAAGAAAUUUCAGUGUAGUUUGUUGCAUUUUGUUUAUAUGUUGCAUUUUCUUUAACAUUUUCUGUUGUUAUUCUUAAUACUUUUAAGCAAUCUGUCUAUACUUGGUUACAUAUUACAAAGAACUGUAUUGCAACCACCUUUUUGUAAAAACCCCUCUUUAAAACACUGAAUAGUUGGCUUCAAGUGGUGGCCUAGUAAAGAGGUUAUGCUGUUUCUCAUAACUGGAAUUGUGAGGCCUUAGCUUUGACUUCUCUUCUGGAGAAGUUGGAGUAUACUUUUGUAUAAUCUGAGACAUUUUAUGUCCUGAUUUGAAAACUGGUUAGUGUCUGUA